UUCUGGGUCCUGCGGCUGUCGUCUGAACGUCGUUCGGGCGGUGCGCAGAGAAUCCGGGCCGAGAUUCCAUCGAGGAGCUAUCCAAAGGGCGUUCAGCCCGUUACAAUCAGGAAAGCCAGAAAUAAGCCCGCCCCAUUAUCUAUAGUGCAACACUACCUAAAAUUAUAG